UCUGAAGGAUGCGGGGAGGAAGAUGGCGAUGAACGGGAGGAAAGAAGACGCGUUAUAUGAGAUCGCGGAUUAUUGCGAUGUCUAUAACCUUCAGCAUGGGCCCUACGGAAAUAGUAGCGGGUAUUUCCCUCGAAUGCAAGUGAACAUGACAUGACAUUGCACGACAUAAUUAUGAAAUGACAUUCAUGAUUACAGUCUGCAGUAUCUGCACCUGCAGCUGAGGACUGAUGGUUCCUACAGCCUGGAUCUGUGACAGAUGAAUCAGGAAUAACGUGAUGCAAUUCUCCUCCAGUGUGCACUUCACAUGUUUGGACCACCUGCACUUUUGCUUUAAUAAAUCCAACUCCAGCUUCUUGAUGCUAAACUGAUCUCGAGUUAUAUCACUCAGAUUAGAUCAGGACAAUAUAAGGUUUAUCAGUUACAUAAACCAGCUUUGUGCUUAUCAUUAGGGCUAAUAAUAUGACGGGGCCAUUGCUAGUGUGUUGGUAGUGGGAUGUCCAAAUAUAUGUAUCCAAAAUGCAGUAUGAAAUUUACACUUGGUUUAGGUACAUGCCUCGAGCCAUGCGUUUCUGUACCAUCUUUCAAUUUCGCACCAGGAUCAAGUUUGACUCGUACCAAGUUACAUGUAUUAGACUCGUGUUACACGUAUUAGACCCUGCACAGAUUAUUCCCAGUGUGUAGAGAAUGCUAAACAUUCAAACAGAGUUUAGACAACGAUGAUUCUGUCACUGUCAUGACUAGAUCAUGCACCUUAAUCAUGCUGCUUUCAUUGUUUUGUUUUGUUUCGUUUUACAAAAGUUGUUCCCAACAAGCCAAUCGGUCGAGUCCCAGGAACGGAUGGGGUCUGAACGGAUGGCAUCUGUUUGUGUUGCCAUAAUACUGGUUGUUGUUCCGAAACACAAACUGGAAACAAAUAUCUUUCAAAUGUUCUGUAAGACAAGCUCCAGUGUCAGGUCCAGAAUGUGUUCUGAAGCCUUCUCUAAACCCAAUGGGUCAACAGCAACAUCAUCCCUUUCAGCCCUUAUCUCCUGCCCAAACUCUUGGACCAGCACCUGUUCUGAUGCCACCAGACCCUCUCUCUUUCCCCCUUUGCAGUCCCCUUUCUGCCAAACCUCCCCCUCACCUCCAGCUGUUCCCAAACCCUGCUAUCACAGCACCCCCUGGAUCCAGCCCCAUGGCGCCUGAGAACGAGUUCCAGGCAACCGGCAGCGAUCAGGACACCGCAUUACAGGAGCUGUGUAGACCUCUUUACUGCAAACUGUGCAAUGUCACACUCAACUCACCCCAACAGGCACAAGCGCAUUAUCAGGGAAAAAAUCACAGCAAGAAGCUAAGGAAUUUUUAUGCUGGCAGUCAACAGCCACCUCCUAUACGAAUACCUGAGGAAGUAGAGCCAGUUUCACAGCAGUCCCUCUCCACUCCACCUACAGAGGCUGGCACUGCAGUGGGCAAGCAGGCGUCCUUUGUCGGCCCCAGCAGGGUCAUCCUGGCCACAGAGAAUGACUACUGCAAGCUUUGUGAUGCCUCCUUCAGCUCCCCCGCUGUAGCCCAUGCUCAUUACCAGGGCAAGAACCAUGCCAAACGGGUACGGCUUGCUGAGGUCCAGCACAACACCAACUCCUUGGAUGCAGAAGACCUUACACAGAGGCACUCCAGGAAAGAAGGAAAUGAGUAUAAACUGAAAAACAAUAGGACCCACAUGAACGCUGCUAUGCCAGGGCCAUAUUACAACCCACGGCCAAGGCAGAGAAUCCCACGUGACUUGGCCAUGUGUGUGACGCCAAGCGGCCAGUUCUAUUGCUCCAUGUGCAAUUCGGGUGCUAGCGACGAGGCAGACUUCCGCCUGCAUCUGGAGAGCAAACAGCACAAGAGCAAAGUGUCUGAGCAGCGCUACCGCAGUGAAAUGGAGAGUCUAGGCUACACCUAGGAUCCUGUCCAGAAGAAAAACGAAAACAGGGGUUGUUCUUGUAAUUCUCCAAGUGCCCAUAUUAGAGUUGUUAUCGAAAAAAGUUGUGCAUUUGCACUGAACAAGUCCUAAAUACUUUGCAUGGAAUGAUUUAAUUCAGUGAUCCUGGAAUGAAAAGGAAGCUACCUCUUGCAGAGUUACAGGUCAUUUUUAUGUCAGAUUGUGCAGCUUUGUAUACAUUAAUGGGACCACCCUGUUUUAUAGCACUUGAGAAACUGGUCUCUGGAAUGUUUUUCUCCCAAUGGUGAAAGAUGGCAACUUUUGGAAAUCCCAUCAGGAUUAUAAUGUCUUUUAUGAGUUCUAAUACUAGAUCAGCUUAUGAGGACAUCCAAUCCAAGAGCAGGGUCUUGUUGAGUUUCUUUUACACUUACGAUCCAGUCUCUUCUUUCUUUGAACCAAUGUACACAUUGUUUAUCGUCCAAAACCUCCAUGCUAAUGCCAGCCUUGGGUUCACUGUGUUACUAUGUGGAAUACGCCGAGUGUAGAAUCCCAGACUGCUAUCAGAAGGCUGAUGUCCCACCUGUGUUCACAUUAGCUUUUGAACCUGCUGAAUGUACUGUGACUGCGUUGACAAUAUUUUUCCUUGCUGGAUUUGCACAAGUGUAUCGAGAUUUACACUAAAAGUAUUUAUGUAUUUAUUUACUUAUUACCUAUUUUAAAUAUUUAAGUAUUUAACCACACAACAAGAGUAUAUUAUUGUGUUUCAUUUAUCUUGUGGCAAAACUAGUACAUGUAAUGGCUAAGUAUAGCAAUCAUGCACAUCAAGGUCCCCCCUUAACACUUUCCAUGACAUGUUUUCCCUUCUCACACUACAGCAAACCCAAUGCAUAGCUAUUUUUAAAGAGGUGCCUUUGGGUCAGUCCCUCUGCGCACCCCUAUUUCACUCAUCAUAGGCAGAGUGGAAAGAUUAGCCCCCUGCCAAGAUGUUCAGUGUAAUAUUUUAAGACAUUUUAACAAAAUAUUGAAUUGUAUUUGAAGCGACUGUGCUGUUUAUUUGAGAGGGUCAUGUACGUGUCCGAGCCGGGGAUUUCACUCCACAAGUACAUUGUUAGCAAUUACUGUAAAUUCAGUUACUUAUUUUAUAAUUUUUCAACGAACCACAAAUCAAGAAAAAAUGAAUGAUGGGAAAUUUUAAGGGAAAAUUCCAACCUGAAAAACACACAUUAUACUGUAUAUGAUUAUAUUGAAAUAUUGAGAUGUUUUUUCUUUCCCAAACAUAAGUUAAAGUUAAAAGUGGUCAUGCACUCAUAUAAAAGGGGGCUUAACCAGAACCCUAACCCUACUCCAUUUGUUGUGAAUUUUAGUAGUGAAAAGCCUGGUUUAGCUGUUAGCUCCCAAAAUAAAUCAACCGGAAGCAUCUUUUCUCACCUACUCAAAAAUUCAAUCAAGGAAUAGUGGAGACAGCAAGUGAAUACAAUGCAUUCACCAAUACAGCUAUAUGACUCAGCUGUGCUGAGUUACAGCAGAGACCAAAUUUAAUGUCGCUGACAGCAGUAUUAGAUGAGGAGGUGAGAGAGCUGGAUAGAUUAAAGAAAUGAAGCCCUUCUGCAUCAGUUUUUUUUUUUUUGUAUCGCUAAAAGGAGGGGUUCAAUCCCACUUAGUAUUACUGUCAGCAGGUAGUUGAAUAGCAUCGUGGGUAAUGCAGAAAACUGUUCAACAAAAAAAUAAGGAAAAGACAAACACAAUGAUGAAGUUGGAACCAAACAGUCAACUUAGAAUUUGGCUUAGAUGAUGAUGAUUGAGAGAAUGUUAAUUAUGAAAAUGCAUAAAUGCGUUUUUCAGGAUGGAUCUUUCUUUCAGACGCAUGUUUUUCACCAUCAUUUAUUUAUAUUGGUAUGAGCCAUGUGAAUAAACACUUGUUUACAUUUGCAGAUAAUUUCAAGCAUUUAGUCGGGGGCAUUGCAAUAUUACAGGGUGUAAGUGUGCCUCUUCUUUAUAUAACUCCAGCCAAUGUCAUUCCUUUUUUUUUUUUUUUUUUUAAGUCAUUCCUAAAAUGUCUCCCUAUUUAAACCAGUAAUAAUUUGUAAAAUUACUGUAGAAGCUCCUCUUUGGUUCUGUUUCAUGGUAAAUGUGCAUAAUAUUUACAUAUUAUUAUAACAACAUGUAUAAUACACUGCAAGCAGGAAAAGCUGAGCCUUUAAAAAAGGUGCAAAAAGGUGUUGGUAAAUUGUUUUGCCUCUGGCUUUGUUCACAUUAAGCCAUAAAGUUCUUACUGCUUGCUCCACUAAUAUCAUUGUUUAAGUACAAAUGUUUUCAGGUUCAAUGUUGCAAAUGGCUUAAAUGUGAGCCUUUAAGGUGAAGCACAUUUCUGUUGGUAAUGAUCAGUUUGCUGUGUAGAUUUCACACGUUGGCUGGAUAUUGUGUUCUCAACUCAACUCCAUUCUUCACUAACCAACUCAGUGCACAGCAAUAAUGUCCGGUGUUGAAUGAAUGCUUUGAAUGAACAAACAAAACCAUGCUGACAUGAAUUCAAAGCUGUAGGUGUUCAUUUUGCUCUGUUGGCUUAAAUAUUUAUGCUAACCGAGGCAGAACUGCUAUUAGGCAUCCAGUUCCUCAGACUUGAGAGACUCUAAGCAAGCACUUUGUUGUUUGUUAGAGUUGUAGGACAAGCCAGACGUUUCCUGUGUGGAGCAGGAAAGCAGGAAGCAGUGACCCCACAUACAAACAAACUUUCCCCAAGGACACUGUCCACACAUCGACUCAUAUCACUUCUCCCAGCCAACAGCAACACUGACUUCCAGAAUGGCCUUUCCAGUCAUUUUCCUCUGAAACUGUAUGACUGAAGGCUUUCCCUCUUUAUUUUGCAUAGAUGCUGAUGAAUUGAAAUAAGAUAGUGCCUUCUGAAACCACACUUUUGUUUCAAGGUUGCCUCUGGGACUUUUUCAGAAAGAUGUUUUAGGUCUUGUCCAUUCAUGGUGCAAUAUAAGGAAAUAUUCUAUUCUUCUUUUUUUCCCUUUAUGAAAUUAUAAUAAUAUGAAGUAUUACAGAAUCACAAGUGUUUGAAGAAGUAAAAGAAAAUAAUCUCACUGAAAAGACUGCUGGGACAGUUAUGUAAAUUGUAUAUGUAUAAACAAAAUGUUUCAUUAAAUAAGAAUU